AUGUGUCUUUGUGCCAAACAAAGUUACAAUACAACAAUAUUAAAUCAGGCAACGCUAGCAAAGUUACAAUACAAUACAACAAUAUUAAAUCAGGCAACGCUAGCAAAGUUACAAUACAAUACAACAAUAUUAAAUCAGGCAACGCUAGCAAAGUUACAAUACAAUACAACAAUAUUAAAUCAGGCAACGCUAGCAAAGUUACAAUACAAUACAACAAUAUUAAAUCAGGCAACGCUAGCAAAGUUACAAUACAAUACAACAAUAUUAAAUCAGGCAACGCUAGCAAAGUUACAAUACAAUACAACAAUAUUAAAUCAGGCAACGCUAGCAAAGUUACAAUACAAUACAACAAUAUUAAAUCAGGCAACGCUAGCAAAGUUACAAUACAACAAUAUUAAAUCAGGCAACGCUAGCAAAGUUACAAUACAAUACAACAAUAUUAAAUCAGGCAACGCUAGCAAAGUUACAAUACAAUACAACAAUAUUAAAUCAGGCAACGCUAGCAAAGUUACAAUACAAUACAACAAUAUUAAAUCAGGCAACGCUAGCAAAGUUACAAUACAAUACAAUACAACAAUAUUAAAUCAGGCAACGCUAGCAAAGUUACAAUACAAUACAACAAUAUUAAAUCAGGCAACGCUAGCAAAGUUACAAUACAAUACAACAAUAUUAAAUCAGGCAACGCUAGCAAAGUUACAAUACAAUACAACAAUAUUAAAUCAGGCAACGCUAGCAAAGUUACAAUAUAAUACAACAAUAUUAAAUCAGGCAACGCUAGCAAAGUUACAAUACAAUACAACAAUAUUAAAUCAGGCAACGCUAGCAAAGUUACAAUACAAUACAACAAUAUUAAAUCAGGCAACGCUAGCAAAGUUACAAUACAAUACAACAAUAUUAAAUCAGGCAACGCUAGCAAAGUUACAAUACAAUACAAUACAACACUAUUAAAUCAGGCAACGCUAGCAAAGUUACAAUACAAUACAACAAUAUUAAAUCAGGCAACGCUAGCAAAGUUACAAUACAAUAUAACUUUAUUGUCCAAUAUUGACAGUACCGUCACUGCCAAUCUUAUCUCAACAGAAAUCAUCAGAUGUCUGUCACAUUAAAUUACUAUUUGACGAUGUGCACAAGCAGACAAUAUUGCGUACACAAAAACACACACACACCCACACACACGCAACCAGGAUCUGUUAUGGACAACGACAUGGAAACAGACUUCUCAGGGCUUCUCUGUAAGGACCAAACCCUAGCAUGUUUGCUAGAAACAGGCAAUAUUUAUGUGUGUGUAUUUUUGACUCAGUCAAUUGGAUCUGUCCAGUUAACCCCUAUCUCUGUGUACAUAGAAUAUAUAUGACUAGUCUACAAAUGGCCUGGAUGCCAGUCUGUUACCCUUUUCACACUAUCAUGACAACCUAACCCAAACUGUGCUGACUUCACAUUGUCCUUCAGUCCACGGUUCCAACAACUAUGGUGAGUGCAUAACUAGGCCAGCUCUGUACAGCUCAGUUUGGCUUGGCUUGGCUCGCUAGUGUGAAAAGACCAAACCUGUCGCAGACCAGAUUUGGCCUGCAGCAUUGUCACUGCUCUGCCAUGCCUGACCUGUGCUGCUGGCAUCCAAGAAACCAACUGCCUUCUCAACUAAAAGCCAUUAUAUCAUCAUGUCUUUGUAAGGUUGUAUGAUAUUCUCUCUCAGCGUUUUGUGUUCUCAUAUUUCAUUUCUUCUCAAUCGUCUUUGUUGCCAAAAUGUCUCAGUCAAUAUGUAACCAGCUGGUCAUAGUGCAGCUGGCUGGCUACUUACAGUACAGAGGUUUGUAUGCAGUCUCUCUGUGAAGCAAUAUGAACAGGAAUGCGACAGCCUCCCAGCAGUAGAGAGAGAGUGACCUACUGUGCAGUACUCUCUGAAUGUGGGCCUCCUGACCUGAUUUGAGUGUGUGUUAAUGCUUUAACAUGUCUCCUCUGCCAUUGGGUGAAUGUUCUCUGUAUGGUGCUGUGAUGUCAUACAGCGCCGAGCGGAGCAGAGAAGCGAGGUUUGAUGACCUCAUCACCGCUCCUCUCUGUCUGCCCUGCCAGGCAUUCAUGAUGCAAACACAACACUGAGGUUAUGUUGUUACACAACAUGGUUCUGAUGCAGGUGUUAUUUUCUGUAAAACACGGCCAAGGUAUUGUCCAAUUUUAUGUUCAUACCAACUCAUACAAAGAAAAAGCCAUAUAAAUAAAUUACUUUUGUGAGAUUAA